CCUCUAACUCGAGCAAAUUUAUCUUAGCCUCCCUCCAAAAUUCAACAAUGGCCACUUCUUUAAUGUCUCUGUCUUCUUCCUUUCUUCAACCUCUGAAACUCAAAACCCUAUCAAAACCCAGAAACACUGACUUAUCUACCACCAGAAAGAUUAUAACAACAUGCGAUUCACAAAAGAACACUGGGAAGUCAAACCCCAGCAGCAGAAACCCUAAUUUCCAGAAACGGCGAAACUCCUCCAAGUAUGGGACUUCUAGAAGGUCGAUCCUCAAGAAAUCGUUUUUACAAGAGCAAGUUACUUUCACCGCACGAAUCUCUGAUGACCCCCACGUGGCGAUUAUCGGUGGAGGAAUGGCGGGUUUGGUCUGCGCAUUGAACCUGGAAGCUCGUGGCGUCCAAUCCACAGUUUUCGAUACGGGGAUACAUGGGUUAGGAGGAAGACUUGGAACAAGGAUUAUUGAACCACAGGGGCUUAUUUUCGAUCACGCUGCUCAAUUCUUCACUGCGGAUGAUUCUCGGUUUAUCAAAUUGGUAGAUGGGUGGUUAGAGAAAGGACUUGUUCGAGAGUGGAAAGGUGCUGUGGGAGAGCUUGAAGUUGGAGGUAGCUUCUCACAGUUUCCCUCAUCAUCACCUCCAAGAUACAUUGCUGUUAAUGGCAUGCUAUCUCUCGCUGAUUCAUUGCUAUUAGAGAGUCAAAUGGUGAAUCUGGUAAGGCCUUGUUGGAUCAGUAAGUUGGAACCACUUAAUGGGAUGUGGCAUUUAAGUGAGAAUGGAACACCUCGUGGUCAGUUUGAUGUCAUUGUCAUUGCUCAUAAUGGUAAAUGUGCAAAUCGCUUGCUUUCAGCAUCAGGCUUGCCCCUAGUGGCUAAACAGAUGAAGAAACUGGAUUUGAGUUCAAUAUGGGCUCUAUUAGCAGCUUUUGAUGAUCCUCUUCCUACAGUGAACUUUGAGGGAGCGUUUGUGAAAGGAGUUGAAUCAUUGUCUUGGAUGGGAAAUAACUCUGCAAAGCUUGGAAAUGGCAGAAAUCCACAUUGCUGGACAUUUUUCAGUACUGCAGCAUAUGGGAAACAGAACAAAGUUCCUCAGGAAAAUAUCCCAACGGUCACGGCAGAGAAAGUUAGAGCUGGGAUGCUUCAAGGUGUGGAAAUCGCAUUGGGGUUGCCUGAAGGCUCGCUUCCUAAACCCGUUUACACACGUCUCCAGCUAUGGGGAGCAGCUUUGCCGAAGAACACUCCUGCAGUUCCAUGUAUAUUUGAUCCACAAGGCCGUGCUGGUAUAUGCGGUGAUUGGCUUCUCGGUUCUAACUUAGAAUCUGCAGCUUUAAGCGGUGCAGCCUUAGGAAACCAUAUUGCAGAAUUCCUGCAGAACGGUGAAGCUAACCCAGAAGAGUUUGCAAUCGGUUUACAUGAUAGGUUAAGUCCUCUUGAUGGCCAUGAUAUUGGCCAGUUUCCUGGUUUAACUUCAGUGGGAGAAAAGGAAGAAGCGAAUGCAUAUCAAGUACUGUGAAUACACAUCAGUCUACUGUUACUUGACGAAAAAGCUAAGAAGUUUUGCAAAGCUUACAGUGAUAUAAUCAGUUUCCACUUACAGGCUCACCAUUUUCAGCCUUCUUCAUUGGUGACAAAACCACAGCCGAUUUGAGGUGCUAUAUGAUAC